AUGGAAUCGAAGGAGUCUGGACGUUCCAGUCCCCAGCAAGACCAGCGCCAUUCUGCUGCUGCUGCUAAUUCUACUGCUCCGCCAAAUGGAGGAGUCGCUGGGUGGUCAGCUGUGUUUGCCUCUUUUCUACUCUUCGCCACAACCUAUGGUUACUCGUCUGCAUAUGGCGCCUUCCAGGCGUAUUACGAGUCCGACUUAUUGCGCUCCAGUUCCCCAUCGCGCAUCGCUUGGAUAGGCACUAUCCAAGGUUUUUUCAUGGUCUCUACGGGCGUUUUUGCGGGGCCGCUUUUCGAUCAGGGAUACCUGCACUCCCUGAUGACCGUCGGCUGUUUCCUAAACGUAAUUGGAUUCAUGAUGCUGAGCUUGUCUACAGAGUAUUAUCAAGUAUUCUUAUCGCAGGGCGUUUGUAGUGGCAUAGGCUGUGGCCUGAUCUACGUGCCCGCCUUGUCACUUGCUUCCACCCUGUUCACAACACGCCGCAGCAUUGCCGUCGGUCUGUUGUCAUCCGGGACCACUAUUGGCGGAACCGUCUUCCCGAUUCUCUUCAUCCGGCUGCAGCCACGGAUCGGCUUCCCCUGGACAGCACGCACCCUGGCUUUUAUCCAGGUGGCUUGCUCAUGUGUCGCCGUCCCGCUGUUGAUAGCCACUACCAAUCCAAAACCCAGUCCGCCACGCCGGCUCAUCCACUGGCAUGCACUGAAGGAGUCGAGUUUCGACGCCUAUGCAGUAGUGAACUUCUUAUUCUUCGUGUCCUACUUCGUCCCGCUAUUCCUCCUGCCUUCCUUUGCCCAGUCCGUGCUGCACACUUCAAUGGACCUGAGCGUCUAUAUAGUGUCGAUAUUCAACGCGAGCUCCAGUAUCAGCCGUGUCGUUUGCCCUCUGCUAGUUUCUCGUUUUGGUCCCAGCAAGGUUCUGUAUACCAGCAUGGCUGCUUCAGCCGUUAUUCUCUUUGGCUGGACGGGCGUUCACACCGUCGCCGGAUGUGUUGUCUUUUCUGUCUUCCUCGGCGUUUUCACUGGCAGCUUCCUCGCCGUUACUCCGGUUCUGAUGGCUCAUCCGGUCAUUUCGCCUACUCCAUCGGUCAUUGGGACCCGUAUGGGCAUGCAGUGGUUUGCUGUUAGUUUGGGUGCAUUGAUCGGUGCGCCUAUCGGUGGUGCCUUGGAGGGGCAUGGCGGAAGCAACGGAUUCUUGGGGAUGCAAUUGUUUAGUGCGUUGGUGAUGGCUCUGGCAUCGGCAGUCCUGCUAGCACCCAUGAGGGCGAUUUGGCGAUAUGAUCACGCCCAACGAGAAAGCGGCGUUGUCUAG